UCAUUGCGAACCGCCUCGCCUGGCUGACAGGAGUAGUAACGGCAGAGCCCACAGUGGCAUGGAGGAAGCCUGUCACUUAGAGCCACUGCAGCUCUGGAGGAUGUGAGAAACGUAUUUUAAACGGCACCUUCAACAUUAGGACACAUUUCCAGUCAGGACAUUAGCUCAUGGUUAACAUUUGCACUACGCUGUUACCGAGAAAACAGACGUGAAUUAAACGGCGGGCUAACGGCUAGCUUACCUUACUUAACCUGGUAUUUGGCUAACUUAGAAAUAACUCCUGAAGAAGCUGUUAACGGCUGGAAAUAACGCGCCAGUGGAGGGGAUAUCAAAACGUGACAGCUCUUGGUGCCGGUGUCAGGUUUAUAAGCUUCUAGCCUCCUGUACUCCCCACCAGCCUCACCGCUGCCACCAGCGGUUGAAUUCAUGAGCGUGCUUGGUUCAUAAUCCUCGGGGAUGGGUAGUGGAGUCCAGGAACAACGGGCAUCACUCACACAGGGUGAAGUGCUCCCACUGGCUUCCUCCAGUCAGUCAGAGGGGUUGAAACAGACUCGGUCUGUUAUCAACUCGCUCUUUUCAGGGGCUUUAGCAGGAGCUGUAGCCAAGACAGCUGUCGCCCCAUUGGACCGAACUAAAAUCAUCUUCCAAGUGUCUUCUGCAAGAUUCUCUGCCAAGGAAGCUUACAGGUUGAUCUACCGCACCUACCUGAAGGAGGGCUUCUUCAGUUUAUGGAGGGGAAACUCUGCCACCAUGGUGCGAGUCAUCCCGUACGCUGCCAUCCAGUUUUGCGCACACGAGCAGUACAAGGCCGUGCUGGGAGGCUACUAUGGCUUUCAGGGAAAUGUCCUACCUCCAGUCCCAAGGUUGCUGGCUGGGUCCAUGGCUGGUACCACUGCUGCCAUGAUGACAUAUCCUCUUGACAUGGUGCGAGCGAGGAUGGCUGUAACGCCAAAGGAAAUGUACAGUAACAUUCUGCAUGUGUUUGUGCGGAUCUCUCGAGAAGAGGGCAUGAAAACACUGUAUCGAGGCUUUACUCCCACCAUACUGGGUGUUGCCCCCUAUGCUGGCCUAAGCUUCUUUACCUAUGAGACACUGAAGAAGUUGCAUGCAGAGCACAGCGGCCGCCAGCAGCCCUACUCAUACGAACGCCUGGCUUUUGGAGCCUGUGCAGGUCUCAUCGGCCAGUCUGCAUCUUACCCUCUGGAUGUAGUACGGCGGCGGAUGCAGACUGCGGGUGUCACAGGUCACACGUACCGCACCAUCCUGGGCACCAUGAGGGAGAUUGUGUCCGAGGAAGGGGUUAUCCGGGGACUCUACAAAGGUCUCAGUAUGAACUGGGUUAAAGGACCUAUUGCAGUGGGGAUUAGCUUCACCACCUUUGACCUCACUCAGAUUCUCUUGAAGAAGCUUCAUCAAAUGGGUUAUACUACUCCAUAAUAAUGACAAAGAGAGUUGAAAAUGGGGGUAGAGGGUUGAGUAGAUGCCUGUAAGCCCACUCUGGUGAGACAGAAGAGGAAGCAAGAGUGAAAAAAGGGUAUUGCUGGAUAAAAGCAAAAAGCACAGUGGCUCAGGAUGCGUGGGUAAUAAUAAUUUAUUCUCUCGCUUUGUUUGCGUUUAAGAGAGUAAGUUGGAUAGUACGCCUUGUUGUCAUGUACAUCUAAGUGCAAUAUCAUCAAUACGUUUGUGUGUACACAUGAAUUGUAAUGGUUCUACCCUCCUGAACCGGGCCUCUAAGUACAUUUGUAAUCCACAGAGUUAAAAGGUACACACACACACACACACACACACACACACACACACACACACACUGCAGUCUGCCAGCUGCCAUGUGUAUCAUUUUAAAUCUUUUACUUUGCAGUGCAAUGCUGGUUUCCACUCAUUUGCCAUGAGUUUUUAAAAAAUGCAUUCAUUUAAUAAGAGUAAGAUAUGCCCUUGUUGAGAUUUGUUUUAAGGAAAUUUAUUUUAAGAAAAUAUACCAAAGGUUAUGACCUGAGUUAGUGCAAAUUAUAUGCCAUAAAUGGAGUUGUAGCAUGUUUAAGUGUGAGUUCACAGCAGCUUUGUAACUGCUAUCAAAUGGUUUGAUUUAGUUUGAGUUGAAACUAUUAAAAGCUCACAGUCUAGUGUUUUUUCAGCAGCACUCCUGAAGAUUGAAUUCACAGUUUUAUUAGUUGUUUAGUUGUGUUUUAUGGCGGUGCCAACAAAAAAGAAUUACCAGUGCCCAUAGUGUUUUUAGAGAGUUUUUGUCACAUAUUGAUUGUUUUUCACUUUAAUCCUGUCAUAGGCUUUUUGAAAGACUCAUAUCUGAAGUAUAAAUACAGAUACUACAGUUAGUCCAGCUAAACUAUUGGGGCCUUUCCACUGCUGGAACCACUUCCCCUAGGAACUAGGAACCUUUGGGAGGCUGUUUUGGAUGUUUUUUUUUCUUUCUAAUAAGCUCUGAAACAUCAAUGGAAAAGAGUAUUGUAGAAACACAGACAUGUAACAAUAUGAAGGAAUCUUGUAGUUCUUUGGGAAAAAGUUCCUGGGACUACAACGUCUCAGUUUUGGUGGAAAUAUGCUUAUUGGUUCUCAGCCCUAAGUAACGCACAUCAAGUAGUUAGGUAAUCCCCCAAAUGUGAGAUGUUAUACACUGAUAUUUAGAAAGAACAGCUAAACAUAUACACAGCCCUCUUUGUGACGUUUACAAUGUCUCAUUGUUGCUGACACAGUCUGAGAGGUGUUGCUUUUACAUAUAUCAUUUAUCUGUUUUUAAAAAGUAAAGUAUAUCAAGAGGCAUUUUUAUAUCUUCACCCUCGUAUGUGUCGCUGAUGUUGGACACACAUGAAGUACACACAUUACACAAAUGUGUCUUCCAUUUGCUGCCAGUGUGACAGCUGUGCAGUCUGUCUCUUCGCUGCCAUUCACAGCCGCUUUGUUUUUAAAAACGUGACUCGACACUAGUCUAGACUGUAACAGGUCACUGGAAUGACUUUAAAUCUCCUGGUUAGGGAGGAGGACUCGGUGUAGAGCUUUUAGCAGUAUUUGCUAACUUGACUGGAAAUAUGCAAACAUAUACUGAAGAGAUCAUUUGAGUUCUGUUACAAAGAUAAUUUAGUUCUCAGUAUUGUACUUUACCUCAGCACACACUCAUGUGUUUUUUCUAAUCGUCAUAUAUCAAUUAGAAAUGUUAAUGUAGAGUUGUGGCAGCAAAUGGGACUUGGAGCUUGUUUGAAUGAUGCAGAUUAACAUUUUGACAGUACUGGUGCAGGAUCAUACCCCUGAGGAGUGUCAAUAGUUUCUAUACUUGGACCUUACAUACCAAGGCAGAACGCAAUGAGCUGGAUGAGCGGAUGAGUAGACCCAAGUGAAGCAGAGGGCAGGAGGUGUCAUCUGUAACAGGAAUAAGGAGCAAGGCUUGUGACUGAAACUCAGCAGUGAAUCUGAAAGAUUUCUAUUUUUAAAUAUUUACAAUUGUUUAAUUGAUGAUUAAAAAAUGGGAAGAUUAAUCACCAAAAGGAAAGAAAAACUAAUCUGACUGAUGACAGUGCCCAAAGUAAUAUUCUGAUCUUAGACCAGCAGAUAACCUCACCAAAUAAUAAUUAACAACAUAAGAAAUACUAAUAGUUUAGAAAAUAGCUUUUGAGAUUUGGAAAAUGUUUCACUUUAUUAAAAUGCAAUCACUUUUUUUUUUUUUUAAAUUUUAUUUUUUUAAAUGUACUUGUUGGUUUAUCCAGGGACCGAUUCACUGCUAAAGCUGAUAACUGUUCCAUUGUUAGUGCCUACAAGACAUCAGCGUACUCACGGUGAUAUAGUUAUUAUUCUUUUUGGAUAGUUUUAAACAUGUUUUUCCAAAAUAAAAGUAGAAGUAAUGAGCACAGCUGGGAUUGAAACCACAAACUUCUUUUUUAAAAAAUAAUUACAUCAGAGGUGAAGUCUGAGUAAGUAAAGUAAGGUCCACAUUUUUUUUUUUUUUCUAUUUUCCCAUUUUGUACAGAUUUGUAACGCACAUAGUGAUGUGAUUACUGAAUUUAGUACAGUAACUUGUUACAUUACUGUGUUGCUGAAAAAUGUAACGGACUGAUAAAUAGCUAAGCAUAACAAAUGUUAAUGAAAUCUGUUUAUGUUUUUUAUGUCUGAAAGAAAAAGAAAAUAUCAGCCUAUAUAUCAAAUUUUUAAAUCAACAAAUAUCGGCAUCGGUCUUAAAAAUAUGUGAUACCCAAGUUUUAUUCAGGGAGUUUUACAAAGGCUGCCCUGUUUGGUAAAAUCCCUACACUCCUGUAUCCUGCCUUCUCUGGAAAUCAUUUUCUCAUUUUCUUUGUCUGCUCAUGGAAAAGAAUAAAUGUAGCGUUCAGGUGAUCUCCUGAACAUAACACAAUAUUUUGACUUUGGUUGACCUCUGUAAAUGAGGAAGAUUUGUGACACACACCAUCUCUAGUCCAUAUAUCUGCUCCAUCAGCUGUGGGCGGAUGCACGUAAAGUAUUUUAAUAUCAGUUGUCUUUACCCCUUGCCUUAGGUAGCAGGAGGAAAGCUUAGAUCAACGACUAUUUGGUCUGUAACUACUAGCACACAUGAAAGUGUGCUUGGUUAAAAGAAUACAUUAAGUGAAACCUGAACGAAGGGUAUUUCCUCACUCUAAGUGCCUAGCAAAGGAUAGUAAUGGUUUUACUACGACUGAGCUGCUUCUACUAACCCUUCUGAAGGUUUCUUCCAUUUUCUAGCCUUGCUUCAGUCUUCAUGUUCUCAGUAAGAAGAAGCAGAUGCUCUGAAGUUUAGAAAUUGUUAGUCCUCAGUGGCUGAAUGUAUUUCUUCAGGUUCAUUUUUGUAUGUGAAUUUUGUAAAGCUCAAACUGCCUUGGAGAGUAAAUCACCAUGAAAGGUGAUUCUCAGUUCCCAGUUCAUUCCAACACAUUUAGGACUUAUUUAAAGCCAUGAAGGCAGAAUUAAAAAAAGUAAAGUUACUGGUUUGGUUUUGCCCCUUCUCCAACACACCAUACUCUGAUUUAAAUUGGAAUAACCGUGAUUGUUGCAUUGUUAUGAUCUUUUCUCUGAUCUACCAGCAGAUGAGUAUAACACGAAGAACCUAUGUGAUUUCCAUUCCCAGACAAUCAUUGAAUGCCAAAAAGUUGUGUGUUUUUUGUUUUUUGUCUAACACAAAAUGAUCUUUUGAUGGGAACGCAACAGGCGCUUAACAAGAAGAAAUACUGACACACUACAACGACUUACUCUGGUGCGAGUGUUUUUUGUUUCCUCUUGUAAAAUCAAAUGUUAAUUGUUUUAACCCGUACAUGUGCAGACUUAUAACUCUACUUUGUGUGACACAGCCGAUGAUCUUGUGGUGUUUUUUGUUGUUUUUCCAGUUUGGGUGCAGCUGUGACUCAACAGCUGGUUGUUAAAUUCUAGUGAUUUGUGCCAACUGAAUGUCAACAUAGCUACUGAUAACCACAACCUGUGUCUAUCCUGUAGUGACGAUGAUGAUGCGUCUGUAAUAUCAGAGUCUACAAUAAAACUGGAUGUUGAUAACACA